AUGAUUUCUUUCUACCAAACUUUCUUUCUUUCUUCUUUUCUUUUUUUCUUCCUGCCUUUCCUCUUCUUUAAUUCCUUUUCACCUUUCUUUCUUGUCUCCUUCUCAUUUUCUUACUUUCUUCUUGCUUUUCUUCUUUCAUUUCUUCUGACCUUUUUUCUUGUCUCUUCAUUUUCCUUCUUUCUUUUUUAUUUCUAUUUCCUGCUUUUCUUCUUUCAUUCCUUCUCACCCUUUUCUUGUCGCUUUCUCGUUCUUUCUUUCUUUCUUUCUUUCUUUCUUUCUUUCUUUCUUUUCUUUUCUUUCUUCCUACUUUUCUUCUUUCAUUCUUUCACAACUUUUUUUCGUCUCCUCAUAUUUUUUCUUUUCUUUUUCUUUCUUUCUUUCUUUCCUUCCUGCUUUUCUUCUUUUCAUUCAUUCACAACUUUUUUUUCGUUCCUCAUAUUCUUUUCUUUCUUUCUUUCUUUUCUUUUUUCUUUCUUCUUUCAUAUUUUUUUCUUUUUUUCGUCUUCAUAUUCUUUUCUUUCUUUCUUUUCUUUUUUCUUUUCUGCUUCCUGCUUUUCUUAUUUCAUUCAUUCAACUUUUUCUCGUUCCCCAUAUUCUUUCUUUCUUUCUUUUCUUUCUUUCUUUCUUUCUUUUUUUCUUCUUUCUUUUUUCUUUUUCAUUCAUUCACAACUUUUUUUUCUCGUCUCCUCAUAUUCUUUCUUUCUUUCUUUCUUUCUUUCUUCUUUCUUUUUCUUUCAUUCUGCUUUUUUCGUUUCAUUCAUUUUCAACUUUUUUUCUUCUCCUCUUUAUUCUUUCAUUUUUCUUUUUUUUUUUCUUUCUUAUUCUUUCUUUCUUCCUGCUUUUUCUUCUUUCUUUCAUUCAUUCAUUCAACUUUUUUCUCGUCUCCUCAUUUUUUCUUUUCUUUCUUUCUUUCUUUCUUUCUUUCUUUCUUCUUCCUGCUUUUCUUCUUUCAUUCAUUCACAACUUUUUUUCGUCUCCUCAUAUUCUUUCUUUCUUUCUUUCUUUCUUUCUUUCUUUCUUUCUUCUUCCUGCUUUUCUUCUUUCAUUCAUUCACAACUUUUUUCUCGUCUCCUCAUAUUCUUUCUUUCUUUCUUUCUUUCUUUCUUCUUCCUGCUUUUCUUCUUUCAUUCAUUCACAACUUUUUUCUCGUCUCCUCAUAUUCUUUCUUUCUUUCUUUCUUUCUUUCUUUCUGCUUUUCUUCUUUCAUUCAUUCUUUUUUUUUCUGUCUCCUCAUAUUCUUUCUUUCUUUCUUUCUUUUCCUGCUUUUCUUCUUUCAUUCAUUCAACUUUUUUCUCGUCUCCUCAACUUUUUUCUUUCUUCUUCCUGCUUUUCUUCUUUCAUCCAUUCUUUUUUUCUCGUCUUUUCUUUCUUUCUUUCUUUCUUUCUUUCUUCUUCCUGCUUUUCUUCUUUCAUUCAUUUUUUUUUUUCUCGUCUCCUCAUAUUCUUUCUUUCUUUCUUUCUUUCUUUUUCUUCCGCUUUUCUUCUUUUCAUUCAUUCACAACUUUUUUUCUUUCUUUCUUUCUUUCUUUCUUUCUUUUUUCUUUCUUUCUUUCUUUUCUUCUUUGCUUUUCUUCUUUCAUUCAUUCACAACUUUUUUUUCUCGUCUCUCAUAUUCUUUCUUUUCUUUCUUUCUUUCUGCUUCCUGCUUUUUUCUUUCUUUCAUUUUCUUUUUUUGUUUCUAUUCUUUUUUUCAUUCCUGCUUUUUUCUUGUUCUUUUUUUCAUUCAUUCUUUUUUUUCUCCUUCUUUUCUUUUCUUUCAUUUUUCUUUUUCUUUUUCUUUCUUUUUCUUUUUUUUUUUUUCAUUUACAACUUUUUUUCUCAUAUUUUUAUUUCUUUCUUUUCUUUCUUUUUUUUUCUGUCUGCUUCCUGCUUUUCCUGUUUUUUCAUUCUUUCAUUUCUUUUUCAUUUUCUUUCUUUCUUUCUUUCUUUCUUUCUUUCUUUCUUUUUCUGUCUGCUUCCUGCUUUUCCUGUUCUUUCAUUCUUUCAUUCCUUCUUUUCUUAUCUACUUCUCAUUUUCUUUCUUUCUUUCUUUCUUUCUUUCUUUCUUUCUUUUUCUUUCUUUCUUUCUAA